GUUUUUGAAAACACACAGAAAAAAAGGAAAAAUCAGUGAAAAUCAAAUUAGGGCUUUUAAUCAAAAACUGGAAUUUCUGUGUUUUUGUUUCUGCCAUUGAAUUACUCUCUAAAUCAAAACCCUUCUCAUGCUCGAUCUCCGCUGCUGCAUUGAGGUUGUCACCGGAAUUUGGAUUCCAGAUCUGUAUGGAACAUGAAAAUAAGGGAAAUUGUGUUGGGGUGAUUGGAUGGAGGGUUUGUUGAUGGAGAGUAGCAGUAAGAAGUCUGGUGGUGUUGAAAUUCCCAAAAGAAACCGAUCAUUGGAUCUCAAGAGCCUUUACAAAUCUAGGGCUCCUGAAGUGGAAGGGAGUAAGAAGCAAGUUCCCGAUGAAAAUGACCAGGAAAGUGUUAAGAAGAAGGGGAGAAAGAGGAGUAGGAAGGAGGUUUCUUUGAGUUGUUUGGAGUCUGAUGCUAAGAAAAGUAAGAAGGAUGAUGCUGAUGGUGUGAAGUCAGAGCCAGGUUUUAGCCAGAAAUUGAUUGGUUGGGGUGAAGGAUUGCAUGGACUUUCACUUGCUCUUGGUGAAAAUGGCAGUGCUUUUAAUUUCCCAAGACGUCCACGUGGAUCGGUUGGGCGGAAAAGGUUGGAAAUUCAUCAGGUUUCUGAGCCGUUGGGGCGUCCAGAUUCUGUGGAUCGCACAGGAUCAUUUAAUGGCGGAGUUAUUAAAUCUCAGAAGGAGGUCGGUACCAGCGACCAGUUAGUUAGAUCAGUUCCCAUUUCCGCGGGUAAUGACGGCGCUUCAAAUUCAAAAUCCGCGCGAAAAGUCGGUGGUCCAAUUUCAAAGAUAAAGCGGAAGCCAUAUUCCAGAUCCACCAGCAAAGGCCUUCUCAAGUCUGUCCAUCACGCGGGAGCAUUUAACGAUGAAGUUAUUAAACCUGAGAAGGAGCUUGGUACCAGUGACCAGUCAGCUAGGUCAGGUACCUUUUCCGCGGGUAAUAACGAUGAUUCAAAAACAAAAUCCGCGGGAAAGGACGGUGGUUCAAAUUCAAAAAUAAAGCCGAAGGCAGAUUCAAAAUCCACUAGCAAAGGCCUUCCAAAAUCUGUUGAUGGCAUGGGGGCACUUCGCAAUGAAGUUAUUGAACCUGGGAAGGAGCUUGGUACCAGUGAGCAAUUAGUUAGGUCAGUUACCAUUUCCGCUGGUGAUGACGGUGCUUCAAACUCAAAGGCUGCGCGAAAAGUUGGUGGUUCAAAUUCAAAACUGAAGCAGAAAGCAGAUUCAAAAUCCACUAGCAAAGGCCUUUCGAAAUCUGUUGAUCGCGCGGGAGCAUUUGGUGUCGAAGUUGCUGAACCUGAGAAGGAGCUUGGUGCGGGUGACCAAUUAAUUAGGUCAGUUACCAUUUCUGCUGGUAAUGACGGUGCUUCAUAUUCAAAAGCUGUGCGAAAAGUUGGUGGUUCAAAUUCAAAAAUGAAGCAGAAAGUAGAUGCAAAAUCCACUAGCAAAGGCCUUGCAAAAUCUGUUGAUCGCGGGGGAGCAUUUGGUGAUGAAGUUGUUGAACCUGAGAAGGAGCUUGGUGCCAGUGACCAAUUAGUUAGGUCAGGUACCAUUUCUGCCAGUAAUGAUGGUGCUUCAAAUUCAAAAGCUGCGCGAAAAGUUGGUGGUUCAAAUUCAAAAAUGAAGCAGAAAGCAGAUUCAAAAUCCACUAGCAAAGGCCUUUUGAAAUCUGUUGAUCGCGCCGGAGCUUUUGGUGACGAAGUUGCUGAACCUGAGAAGGAGCUUGGUGCCAGUGACCAAUUAGUUAGGUCAGGUACCAUUUCCGCUGGUAAUGAUGGUGCUUCAAAUUCUAAAGCUGUGCGAAGAGUUGGUGGUGCAAGUUCAAAAAUGAAGCAGAAAGCAUUUUCCAAAUCCUCUAGCAAAGGUUUUCCGAGAUCUGUUGAUCACGCGGGAGCAUUUGGCGAUGAAGUUGUUGAAUCUGAUAAGGAGCUUGGUACCAGUGACCAAUUAGUUAGGCCAGUUACCUUUUCGGCGGUUAAUGAUGGUGUUUCAAAUUCAAAAUCAGUGCGGAAAGUUGGUGGUUCAAUUUCAAAAAUAAAGCAGAAGAAAGGCCUUCCCAGGUCUGUUGAUCACUUGGGAGCACUUACAGACGAAGUUAUUAAAACUGAGAAGGAGUUUGGUGCCAGUGACCAAUUAGUUAGGUCAGAUGCCAUUUCCUCUGGUGGUAAUGAUGGUGCUGCAAAUUCAAAAGCCGCACGAAAAGCCGGUGGGUCAAAGUCAAAAAUACAGCUGAAGGCAAAUUUAAAAUCCACCAGCAAAGGCGUUCCCAAAUCUGUUGAUCGCGCGGGAGCAAUUAGUGAUGAAGUUAUUGAACCUGAGAAGGAGCUUGGUACCAGUGACCAAUUAGGUGGGUCAGUUACCAUUUCUGCAGGUAAGGACAGUGCUUCAAAUACAAAACCCACACGGAAAGUCGGUGGUUCAAAGUCAAAAAUAAAGCAGAAGGCAGAUUCAAAAUCUACCAACAAAGGCAUUUCCAAAUCUGUUGAUCUCACAGGAGCAUUAAAUGACAAAGUUAUUGAACCUGAGAAGGAGCGUGGUACCAGUGACCAAUUAGUUAGGUCAGUUACUAUAUCGGCAGGUAAUAAUGGUGCCUUAAAUUCAAAAGUCGGUGCAAAAGCCGACGGCUCAAAAGGAAAAAUAAAGCAGAAGGCAGAUGCAAAAUCCACCAGCAAAGGCAGUGGCUCGAAUGUAAAUUUAAAGCGGAAGGCAGGGGCUGAUGAACUUAAGGGAAGUAAGAGCGGUGGGUUGUCUUCUGUCCCGCAUGCUGAGGAAGACAGUAAAGCUGUAAAUAAUGGUGAUAUGUCUUCUAAGAAGAGACGGACCAACAGUCGGAAGAAAAAAGACUUGGAAGUUGGUAGGGAUGGAGGUGAAGCCUCAAAGAAGUCAGAGCCUUCAGUGGGUGGUUCGAUUGUGGAUAGAGCCAUUGUUGAUUUUGAUGAAGAUGAUGAUGAUGAGGAAAACCUUGAGCAGAAUGCAGCCAGGAUGCUGUCAUCUCGAUUUGAUCCAAACUGCACAGGUUUCUCAUCAAAGAGAAAAUCUUCCACAUCUCAGACGACUAAUGGAUUGUCUUUUCCAGUUUCAUCUUCUCGGGACUCGUUUAAUCAACAUGCUGACUCAUCUGGUGGUUUGGACUCUGCAUCUGCUGAUGAUAAAAGCAGAGCUCUUAGACCAAGAAGAGAAGAUAAAGGCAAGGGUGUGCCAAGGAAACGACGCCAUUUUUAUGAAAUUCUUCCCAGCCACUUGGAUCCACACUUUGUUCUGAACCGGAGAAUUAAAGUCUUUUGGCCGUUGGAUGAGAGUUGGUAUUAUGGCCUUGUGAAUGAUUAUCACCCAGAAUGUAAGCUUCAUCAUGUGAAGUAUGAUGACCGAGAUGAGGAAUGGAUCGAUCUUCACGAAGAGAAAUUCAAACUCUUGCUUCUCCCUACUGAGGUGCCUGGCCGAGCAAAAUCUAGAAAGGUUUCCAAAGGGGACAAUGACGUACAUAAAGGAGAAAAAGCACGGCCAGAAGAUGAUGAUUGCUGCAUAGCGAACUGUCUUGAAUCAGAGCCUAUCGCAUUAUGGUUGGCUCGUUCAUCUCAGCGUGGCAAGUCUUUACAAAACUCUUUGAGAACUCAGAGGAAAUCACAUAUGGAAUUGCCCGUGGUCUCUUCAUUGUCAUAUGAGAAAACAGACAACCUAAACAGCGACUUAGCUGACUCAAGAAGAAAUAGAAGUAAUCCAGAUUGUGAACCGAUAUUAGCCAAUAAAUUCAUUGUUCAUAGGGUGGUUCAUAAAUCAAUGCUGGGAACCAUAAAUGGUGAACAUGUCGUCUACUUCAGGAAGAAGAAUGGCAGCAAGAAAGGUGAAGGAAGUGGUUCUAUGUCGAGAACCAUUAAAGCAUAUGGAAGGGCUCCAGGGACUGUUACUCCUCUAGUCCCUGUUACAGUUAGUUUUCCGGCUAGAAAAGACGACACAUUCUUUUGUGGAUUAGGUGAUUCUAACAAGCAAUUGUGGUCAAUUAACCAUCAAGGACAGUUGAGGUUAAAUUUGGAGCUGGUGGAGUCUGAAGAAUUCAGAUUCCAGAUUUGUGUACCUGAAUUGCCUUUUAGAGGGUUUUCACUUCCAACAGGGGAUUUUCUGUUGCUUCAUAACAUGUUCAUGGUUCAACAUGGGGUGAUGCUGGCUACCUCACCCGCUGUUAUCAUGGAGAUGCUUUUCAUUGAUAGCCAUCUUGGACUGCGACUUCUGAUGUUUGAAGGAUGCAUGAAGCAAGCUUUGGCCUGUGUCUUUCUAAUUCUGAAUGUAUUCGGUCGACCCGAUGAACACGUGAAUUUGGACAUGCAAUCACCUGUGACCUCGAUAAGGUUCAGACUUUCCAGCUUUCAUGAUCUAAGAAAGCAUCAUGUAUUUGAAUUUCAUUGUUUCUCCAGAUUGCGAAGGUCAAGGUGGGUUUGCCUGGACUCCAAACUUCUGGAGCAUUGUCUUCUUAUUAAACAAUUAUCAGCCUCAGAAUGCACAUAUGAUAACAUCAAGGAUCUUGAAUAUGGGAGUUUAAAGCAAUGCAAAGCUCAUGCUGGUUUAGAGCUCUCCUCAUAUGCGGGUUGUAAUGAGAAACUUCUGCCGCGGAUUUUGCCAGUCAGCGUUUCCAAGGAAGCUUGUAAUACAAGGAUCAGUCUGUCUGCUUUAACUUUGGGCGGAAAGCCUGGAAAAACUCCUCAAUUUGCUCUUUGCUUUUCUGCUGCACCAACUCUCUUUCUCACUCUGCAUCUCCAGUUACUUAUGCAAAACAGCUUCUCUGGUGGUACUCUUCAUCCUCAAGACGCACAGUGCUCACCAGAAAGCUUAGUAAAUGGCAGCCUACCUAAUUCAGAAUGCCCUCAAUUUGAGCCCAGCUCACUUGCUGUAGAAGAUAUUACUGAAAAUAUAAUUGGAAUACCGGAAACAGAAGCUCCUGCUUUCAUGGGUUUAACAAGUUCUGAUGGAAAAAUGGCAACAGAUGUUGACUCGGAAGGCAAUGUUGUUGAGAAAGCCGACUCUUCUCAGAACCUUUAUCUGGGAAAUCAAGAUGGAAGUGGUUCCAGGUCUUCAUGGCAAGGUAGUAGAAGCAGCUCAAUUGCUUCUCCUCUCAGAGGCCUCUCUUCUAGGUGGCCUUGUGGGAGUCCUAAAUUCAUGGGAAGUGGAUUCAGUAAUGGCCCGAAGAAGCCACGUACUCAGGUUCAGUACACAUUGCCUGGUACAGGUUAUGACUUCAGCGCGAAACAAAAAUUACAAAACCAGCGAGCUCUACCUUGUAAACGGAUCAGGAGAGCUAGCCUGAAGAGAAUAUCUGAUGGUUCUAGGAGUAACCAGAAAAAUUUCGAGUUGGUAGCUUGUGGUGCAAAUGUUUUGGUCACACAUGGGGACAAAGGGUGGAGAGAACAUGGAGCACUUAUUUUCUUAGAAGUUGCUGAUCAUAAUGAGUGGAUACUUGCUAUCAAGCUCUCUGGUGUUACAAAAUAUUCAUAUAAAGUUAAACAUAUUUUUCAGCCUGGUUCAACUAACCGCUACUCGCAUGCUAUGCUGUGGAAAGGGGGAAAAGACUGGGUACUUGAGUUUCCUGACAGGAGCCAGUGGAUGCUUUUUAAGGAGAUGCACGAGGAGUGUUACAACCGGAAUGUUCGUGCUGCUUCUGUGAAGAACAUCCCCAUCCCUGGAGUCCGGCUGAUUGAGGAGAGUGAUGAUUAUGGAACUGAAAUCCCUUUUUUCCGCAAUUCUACGAAGUAUUUCCGACAGGUUCAAACAGAUGUCGAAAUGGCUAUGGAUCCCUCACAUACUUUAUAUGACAUGGAUACUGAUGAUGAGCAAUGGUUGAUGGCAUACAGAACUGGUACUGGUGAAAAUAGAUGUGAAGAGAUAUCUGAGGAGCUUUUGGAAAAGACAAUGGACAUGUUUGAAAAACUUUCAUAUGCUCAGCACCGCGAUAACUUCACGGAUGCUGAAAUUCAAGAACUUGUAAACGGAAUGGGGUCAGCGGAAGCUGCCAAAGUUAUUUUCAAACAUUGGCAAGAGAAGAGGGGGAAAAAGGGCAUGCCUUUAAUAAGACAUUUGCAGCCUCCUCUUUGGGAGAGGUAUCAACAGCAGUUGAAGGAGUGGGAGCAUAGCGUUGCCCGAGGCAAUUCAGGCAUUUCUGUUCGUACUCAGGAGAAGGCUGCUACUCCUGAAAAACCACCUAUGUUUGCUUUCUGCCUAAAGCCAAGGGGACUGGAUAUUCCCAACAAGGGCUCAAAACAACGGUCUCACAGGAAAUUUCUCGUUUCUGGACAUCAUGCUACAUCUGGCGAUCAUGACAGUCUUCUCAUUCUUGGGCGAAGAUCAAAUGGUCAUGCAUUUGGAGAUGAGAAAGUCUUGUACACAAGCAGCAUACAUGAAUCUUCUGAUGGUUCACCAUCGCUCCAGGCUUCAACGAGAGUGUUGUCUCCACGAGAUGCACCUUUCUCAUUGAGCGCUGUUGUGCGCGAAUCAAAGCGCAGGGUUUACAAGAAGAAGACAAGGAAGCUUGGUUCUUACCCCUCUUCUUUCAACCAGCAGACAGCGUCAUACAACCAAAGGACAAUAGGGAAAACAAAUGGAGUUCAGCAGUUGAACAUGGGUUCGCCUGACUUAUCCAGCCAGAGGCAAUAUUAUUUCGAGGGAACGCCCGGGCAAGGGCUGGAGGAUUUGGAUGCCUCAGAUCUUCAUGAGUUUCGGCUGCGUGAUGCAUCAGGUGUAGCCCAACAUGCACUUAACAUAGCUAAGCUCAAGAGAGAGAAGGCUCAGAGAUUGCUCUACAAGGCCGAUUUGGCUAUCCACAAAGCUGUGACUGCUCUAAUGACUGCGGAAGCGAUCAAAUCUGCUUAUGAGAACACAGGUGAAUCUGAUGCUACCGAAGCUGCUCAUGAGAACUCAAAUGGAUCGGAGGCAACCAAAGCUGCUUGUGAGGAUUCAAAUGGAGGUAAUUUGAUGAUCAGCUGAUUGCGAUUAUUUUGAUGAAAAAUUGCUCUGUCCCAGCAGCUGGAGGCUGCAUGCUUUGGGGACGUCAAGCUUUCUGAACUUCCUAAUGAUGCAGCAAAUAGCACUGGGUUUCUUGAUGAUGGUGACCUCUAUUGUUGUCCGUAUAUAGAUAGCAUCUUUUGUAUCAUAAUGGCUGGGCAGAUAUUGGAGAAGCAACUAUUACUUCUGCCCUAGUACUGAUAAAAAAGUUCCCCUGCACCACCAUAUUGUCAUAAUUAAGGCAGUUUAGGUACAUGAAAUUCUAGAUUAUCUGUGCACUUGUUUCUCCCCUAAGGAGCAGCUUCUCUUUUCCAGUGAAAUGCGACUUCUAUGGUGCGUUUGCCAGUAAGGGGCUUGUGGCAUUUUGGUUGUGAAUCAUUGUAUAGCCAUUUUCUUGCCUUCUUUUUUCUUUGCUCUAGUUAACGUAUAGUGCUUGAUACUGAAGGAACAAUUAGUAAAUAUAGUACAUCUCUUGAAUUACAUUAAGAAUCUGAUGUUAAACUUUGCAGCAGCCUCGUUGUAUUAAGCAAAGAACUACAUUGAUGAGUAUUAGAUGAAUUUUGCGGUGUAA